AACUUUACUCUGCCUCGGCCAUAUUUGCACGUGUUUUCGACAGCACCUCGGGCACACUACUCCAUUGCUUUGAGCACGACUAUGUGUUGUCUUCUAUAGCCCUUUCACCCGAAAACAAUCUACUGGCGUACGUGGGCUUAGGAGGCAUUACAAAAAUAUGGGACACAGAGUCCCAUCAGCCACUCGGCCAACCAUUCGACCGGGAGGAUCACAAAGACCUUAACUGCGUGAAAUUCUCUCGAGAUGGAAGAUACCUCGCAUAUGGCGGAAACAACAACCAAGCGACUCUGUGGAUGGCCAAAGACAUAGCUCAUGAGCCUCCGGUCGACGCUACAAAUCCUCUCACAGGAGGGAGAUGAUCCAUAUGGCGACUUUUUUCAGACUUCCCAGCCUCAUCAUACUUCGGCACCAUCUGGUCCCUUUCGUCAUUCUCAGCGUCCCAACCCAUCCCCGGCUUGGCGCAUCUGGAACAUCAUCGUCCCAUCUCGACGCAACUCGCCGGCGAAAGAGUCCGUCGGGCUGCAACAACGCCCCAAGCGCAGUCUCUUCACGCGGCAUGUAGGUCUGAGGCCUGUAACAAUCACCGCCGCCAAGAAAACAAAAAGGCGCUGGAUAGUACUUCCCCCUAGGAAGACUAGCGGUCAGACUGGUCAGUCGUCCUCGAUAACAGCUCAGCAACCUCAACAACCCUGGCUUUCCCCAUCUUGCCAUUGCUCUGCUAUCUCGUACCGCGAACAGAGUGUUCACUUCAUAAGGUUGCACUGGCUUUCUAUCUGCGAUCUCCCCACCAAAGAUUCCUCCAUCCAAACCUCGAGUGCUACCAAGGCAGCCACGCCCAUCAAGCAGCCUAAAUAACACAAGGGACACAUCCCUUCCCUAUCCGUCUGCUUUGCAAAGAGGAGAGCGCACGUUCUC